AUGGAAGAAAAGUUAAAUGAAAUGGAACAAGCUGGUAUCAUCACAAGGACAUCAACGCCUUACAGUAGUCCAUUGACAUUCACUCUUAAAAAAGACGGCUCAAUUAGAGUUCUGCUUGAUGCCAGAAGCAUAAAUAAGAAAAUGGUUGCAGAAACAGAGAAACCACCUAUACAAUUAGAUGUUUUGAAUUCAUUUCACGGAGCGAAUUAUAUCACUACCAUUGACUUAAAUAAUGCAUAUUUUCAAAUUCCGAUAAAUAAAGAUGGUAGAAAAUAUACUGGAUUCACAUUCAAUGGAAAGUCAUAUGUAUAUAAUGUUUUGCCGCAAGGAUUAAAAACAUCAGUAGGAAGCUUUAGCAGAGCCAUGAAUUUAAUAUUAGGACCAGAAGUCCAAGAAUUUUGUGUGAACUAUUUAGAUGAUCUAGCCAUUAUUACAACAGGAACGUUAGAUAAACAUUUGGAGCACAUUGAUAUUGUUUUAAGUAAAUUGAACAAAGCUGGCUUAACGUGUAACUUGCAGAAAUGUGAAUUUAUUUGUAAAGAAAUUAAAAUGCUGGGUUUUAUAAUUUCAACAGAAGGCAUAAAGACAGAUCGCGAUAAGAUUCGAGCGAUCCAAGAGUUUCCAGCACCUAAAAAGAUUAAACAAUUAAGGGCCUUUUUAGGUCUAUGCAAUUUUUAUAGAAGGUUUAUACCAAAUUACAGCGAGAGCAUAAUACCGCUCUGUGAUUUACUUAAAAAGGGACGAAAGUUCCAAUGGAGCGGUAAAGAACAGAAGGCAUUUGAUUUUAUAAAACAACAAUUUAUUAAUACAAUACAAUUGCAUCAUCCAGACUUUAAUAAGCCGUAUUAUUUACAAACAGAUUGUUCCGGUGUGGGUAUGGCCGGAGUACUAUAUCAGAUAGAUGAUAAUAAUGAAAUGAGAAUUUUAGGCUAUUAUAGUAAAGCCUUAAAAGGCCCCGAAUUAAAUUGGUCUGUUACUGAACAAGAGUUUUAUGCUGUAAUAAGCUGCCUAAAGAAAUUUGAAACAUAUUUGCGGGGCAGUAAAGUAAUAAUACUAACUGAUCAUAAAGCAUUAUUGUUUAUUAAUAAUAUGAAGUUAUUCAAUGGUAGAGUAACCCGAUGGAUUUUGUAUAUAGAACAAUUUAAUUAUGAAGUACAGCAUAUAUCGGGUAGACGUAAUAUUGUUGCAGAUGUGCUAUCACGUUAUCCUCCUGAUGGCGAUUUAAUACAAGAGGAUAAAAAUAAUAGUUUAGAAAUUGCUUACACAGAGAGCGAACCGAAUAUUGAGUUGAUAGAAAAAUUAAAAUCCUUAACAGUAUAUCAAUUACAAGAUUCAGAGUCGUUGGCUAUUAUUGAAAAGUUAAAGACAUUAAAUACUUCCAUAAUAAAACAAAACAAUAAAUUUAAAAGAUAUAGUUUGAAAAAUGAUGUAUUACAAAACGAAUUUACAAGAAGUAAUAUAUUUACCUAA